GGUGAGAGUGAGAAUGAAAAGGGUCCCACGCUUCUCGAGAGAACACAUUUCUAUCUCUUACUUUGAAUGAGUUUCGUAAUAGCUAGGACAUCUACAAAUCUCAACGAAGGAAGAAUAUACCUCAUGCUUGUGCCAGUAGUUGCGGUGGCUCGUCUUUUACGCCAAAAAAUAGGAAGAAGAAGAAGUUUGACUACAACAAUGGCAAGUGCCUGCAUGGACUUGACGCAGUGAUGCUUGAGUCUGCUACAGAGUGGAACCCUGGAAGAUUGUUUCUUCGUUGUCCAUUAUGGGAGAAGGUUGAAUUGAGGUGUGAGUAUUUCAUUUGGGCUGAUGAAGUUGUUGAUGCUGGAAGAGAUUGUGGAAUUCAGGAGCAGAGUGAAGAAAGCAAAUGGAGGUUUGCAGAAGAAAGCAACUGGAAGGUAGAAGAAGAAAUGAAGAAGAUGUUGCAGACAAUUGAUGGGAUUAAUCAAGAGUUACAGAACAUUAGAAAAUGGAUGCAGUAUGUAUGCUUAGGGAUAAGUAUAUGUAUUCUGUGUUUGUUCAUUAAGACAUUUAAUCAGUAGUUGUAAUUCCCUCUAGGUAGAAGGCUGUGUUGUCAAUUUCAUUUUCACUAGUAUCUGAAUACAAAGGGUUUUUUCA